ACCCUAACGCCGUCGCGCAGUUUUGCCUUGACCCAGCGCGACACCCUCAAUGGCAGCUAUGCGUCGCAGUGACUGAAAGAUGAGCCUGCGAAACCAGAGACUUCCCCAGCAGCACCAUGGCCAACCUCGCCAGGCCCCCAAUGCGCUCGCCGACUGAACGUCUCGUGCAGACACGGCUCAAUUUCCAAGUCGCGCCUCAGAGCAGUCCCCACAACACGGCCGUCUCGACGCGUCGCUCUAGCAAAAGCGGUCCCCUGGUCGUCCUCGACGACGAUGAGAAGACAGUGGAGCAGCUGACGGCAUCGCCAGCGCGUCCAGCACCUCCGGCCCGCACCGGCUCGAGGAAGAGGCCCUAUGCAGCGCUGGACGACGCUGACACGAGACCACCCACCAAGGUCGUGCACCGUUCACCACACGGCGAAUUGGUGCGCAUUACGAACGGAGUGCAGACAUUGCUUGAUAUAGAUGCCGACGACGUGCCUUCAGGGCGCUCGACACCUCGGCCAGGCAGCGCAGGGAAGCUUGCGGUGCCCGUGCCGGCCGCAGACUCCAGGUCGAAGGAUAGGAGGAGCCUGCGAAGCUCAGACGGUGGCUCGCGACUGAAGAGCGACCUCGCCGUCUACUUCUCGAGCUACGACGACAUCAUCGCAGGCCUGCCGAAGCCUUCUGAAUACCUCGACGUCGACACGCCCAUAUAUAUUGUCGACGAGCCCCCCAAGUCCAAGACUGCUGCACCGGCCUCACCCGAAUCACUUCGCAAAUCCGCAAGUCCUGCACGAACACGAAAGCCACGCGCUAUCACACCUCCGCGCGAUCCCUCGAACCCUCCCAUACCUGCUGCACAAUCAUCCACUACCUUUCAAGUACUCGACUACAGCAGCAUAGCCAAGCACAUACGGAGCGAUGGCGAACAAGAUCCAUUGGCCGAUAGCUACUUCUUCGCACAACAUCGUCGUGCUGAGCGAAAAGAGAAGCAGCUGCGCAAUAUUGAGAAGGAGCGCGCGAUGCACGAAAAGCAGCAACUGGAGCGACUACUAGAUGGACUACAAGGGCCUGAUUGGCUCAGAGUCAUGGGUAUAACCGGUGUUACAGCUGGAGAGACACGAGACUGGGAGUCGAAACGAGACUACUUUGUCAAAGAAGUAGAGGCGCUUGUGGACAAGUUCCGCGUCUGGAAACAGGAAGAGAAACGCAUAAGAGCCGAAAAGGAAGCUGCACUGGCCGCCCGAACGGAGGACGAAGAUGAGGAGGGCGAGGAGUCAGAAGCCUCAGAACCUCAUAAGGUAAACGGAAAGACCUCACACGUGAAAGAUCAGCAACCCAAAGAGCCAGAGCCUCCUAAACCCAAGCGUCCGCCACGACCUCAUGGCUUCCUCUUACCCUAUAUCCCGCCCGAACCUACAACGCCAUUCGUAUCCUUCUACACAAAACCACAUCUACGAGCAGCAGCCUUGGGCAAGCACCGCCAUGGACGCAAUGCUACAGCCUUUGGGCAACCGAUACCAGAGUUCAGCGAGCAUGACUUCGAGCUGCCAGAAGACUACAUAGACCCGCAGUUCCUGCGUGACAACGCGAGACAACGGAGAAGGAGACAGAGAGAAAGGCAGACAGGCGCGAACACAGAGUCAACUUAGCUUCGGCUUUCUUUCAUUACGUAC